AUGCGUCCGGCCAUAUCGCUGGCCCAGAUCUGUGAUCCGACGCCCAAGGAGGGCCUCUUUGCCCAGUGGCAAAGCCUGAUCAAGAAGAAUCGGGAAAACGGGACGGUUAUUGAGGCGGCCAUCACUACUUUUAAAAAGGUGGAACCAUAUCCAAUAUCACAAGCCUUGUUGCAGUCACUCGGUCAAGCUGACCGUGGUCUCCCGCCAGGAGCAGCGUUACAUUGGACCAACAUCUACAACGUGGCACCGGAGACGCCGCGGCAGAAGCUCAUCACCAGGACCAUUUCCACUUCGCAGCUAAGCAGCCUGCCCCAGAAUCGUCAUUGCAGCUUUGACUUUUUGCAUGGAACCAUGUGGAGCAGCUUCGAUCAACUGCUGUCAGACAACCACGUGCAGCUUUGACAU